GGAGGAGGAGGAGAUUGAUUUGGUGAUGGGGAAGAAAAAUGCGAUGAAAGAAAAUAUCAUAAAGAAGAAAAGCAGGAGGAAGAGGAAGAAGAAUAAGGGGAUUAAAGAUGGGGUUAAGGUGGAGAUAUGCGCUUGGCAAAAGGAGAAGAUUUAUAAACCCAGGAUUUGCAAAAUGAGUAGAAAAACUGCCAAAAGUUUUGUGGAAAUCCAAAAGCAGCCUGCAAUGGGGAAAGCUGUUCGGAAGAAAAAUAAAGCCUUGCGAACCUCAAUACUGUUGUCCAGGAACCAAGACGUGGCAAAGAAGCUUCCUGUUCGCAGCAUUCUCAAGAAGAAGAAAACACUUACUACAGACCGAAAAUCGAGUAAAUCAGUCGGUGCCAAGGCAGCUAAUUUAAUCAAAUUUUACUGCAAGCCAAAUAAGCAUGUUACAUUCUCUGUUAAGGAUGACACAGCAGGAAAUAGCAGAGCGUGUUCAAACAUGAAUUUUCCUCAGCUGCAGAACCUCUGCAAGAUUUUCUCCGAUGUUUUGGCUGCAUCAUCAGUUAUGAACCAUUCAAGUAAAGGCCCUGAUCAUCCAGAUGCUAAUGGCCGACCCCAGGAGCUAAAUGAAUCUGAGAAGGGAACUCAUUCAAGUAUUGUAUCUAGGACUGAAGGAUCUUCAACUGAGAAGAAUCGGUCAGGUGAUUCUACAGUUAAUAUCUGUCAGCCAACAGUUGUCAACUCCAGCAAUAGCAGCUGUUCUGGCACAGAAAAAGCAUCUUUUGCUGUGAUGGUCGAUCUAAACCAUGCUAUUCAUGCUGAUGAUAUUGAUUGUGCUAUCCCUGCUACCUCAACUUUGCCUUCCAGCUGCAUUUAUUCUGGUGAUCCAAAUUCUAGUGUCAAGUCUCAUGGGAAGAAUCCAAAUUCUACUUCUGAUAUGCAUUUGGAAGCAGGCUUAACAAGGUUAUCUGAACCCAGCCUUCUUCCUGACCCAAAUGACAAGUUUGUUGCUAGUUCUGAUGUAACAAGUUCAAUGGCACUUCAGAAAAAUCCUAGUUCUCAUAGUUCAGCAUCUUGCCUUGCUGUUUAUAGUAAAACAGAUGAGGGGCAAUGCCAACCGCGUGUUGAUGCAGAUGGUAACUGUUGUCAUCAGGUAGAAUAUCAUCAAUUGUGCGGCCACCACUCUCCAAAAGGUUUGUUGAGUAACACGUGCUCUUCUAUGAGGUCCAAAAACUUGGGAGAAUGCUCAUUCACUCCAAAAUUGGCGCCUACCAUCAAAAGUAAAUGUCCAGGUGAUGACUUCAUUGGUUUGCCUCUUAAUUCACGAGGUGAACUUAUUCAGUUUCAUUCUGGAACCAAGUUUAGCGAGGCAUAUGACAAGCAAAACAUGGAAUGGGGCUCCAUCCAUGGCAUUUCUGCAAAGAGACAUGUUGAAUCUAAUGGCCGUAUGAACCGAUUGGAAAUAUUGCCCAAAAAGGUUGCGGCUGCAGCAUCACAUCAGAAAAAUCAGUCGAAUUGGAAUCAGAAAAAAGAGUGGCAAAUUGGCUGA